AUGAAUUUUGGAAGCCUCAAAGGUCUCUUCCGAUUAGAGUUGAGGGCAAAUGAACUUGGAAUUGGGAAAGCUCGUGACUUGAGUUUUCUCGAUUCUUUGACCAAUUGCAGUAGCUUACAAUGGGUGGACGUGAGCAGAAAUUGUCUCAGCGGUGCGUUGCCCAACUCCAUAGCAAAUCUUUCAACCCAACUGACAUUCCUAUCUUUAGGAAGUAAUAUGAUAUUCGGAAACAUCCCAUCUGGGAUUCAGAAUCUUAUUGGCUUAACAUUACUGGGUAUGGAGUAUAACUAUCUGACUGGUACAAUUCCCAUUGGUGUUGGGAAGCUUAACAAGUUGGAGGAACUUUACUUCGAUUCAAAUGGAUUAUCAGGGAAAAUUCCACCUUCAUUGGGCAACAUCACCAGAUUGUACGACCUCUAUAUACCUUCAAAUCUUGGUAAUUGCAUUAACCUGAACUUAAUAUACCUCUUCAAUAAUAACUUUAGCGGUACCUUACCCAAUCAACUUUUCAGCAUUCCCUCUUUGAUUGAACUCCAAGCUGGAAACAACUUUUUCACUAAUCUGCCACAUGAAGCCAGUUACUUGAAAGCUCUUGGAACAUUCAAUGUUUCUAAUAACAAAUUGUCAGGCGAAAUUCCAAGCUGGCUAGGCAAUUUUCUCAGCCUAGAGUAUCUCGUGUUGGAUGGGAACUUCUUUCAAGGAUCAAUUCCGUCAACAUUUAGUACUCUAAAAGGCCUUCGAUACCUGGAUCUUUCACGCAACAACUUAUCUGGGAAGAUUCCAAGAUAUCUGGAGAAGUUUUCUCUAGAGUAUCUAAUUCUAUCCUUCAAUAAUUUCGAGGGUGAAUUACUAAAACAAGGGGUCUUUGGAAAUGAUCCUUUUAUGAACUUGUCGUAUGCGGAGCUCUAUAAAGCAACAGAUGAGUUCUCUCUUGCCAAUUUGAUCGGAACCGGAAGUUUUGGUGUUGUAUAUAAAGGGAUUCUAGAUCAUGUUGGGACUAUGGUAGCAGUGAAAGUCUUCAACCUUCAACAACAAGGAGCUCUGCAGAGCUUCAUGGCCGAAUGCAAAGCCUUGAGAAACAUUAGGCAUCGGAAUCUUGUUAAGAUCUUAACUUGUUGCUCUAGCAUUGAUUUUAAGGGCAAUGAUUUUAAAGCUCUAGUUUACGAGUACAUGUCCAAUGGAAGUCUAGAGAACUGGUUGCACGGGGAGGGCCAUGACCAGUCGAGAAGGAACCUGAAGUUUACUCAAAGGCUAAACAUUGCUAUAGAUGUGGCUUCUGCACUAGAUUAUCUACAUAAUCAUUGCCAAACAUCAAUCAUUCAUCAAGAUUUAAAGCCAAGCAACAUUCUUCUUGAUGAAGACAUGAUUGCUCAUGUGGGUGAUUUCGGGCUAGCCAGGUUCUUAUCAGAGGUUGCUCAUAGUAGCUCAGUUGGGAUGAAGGGAUCUAUUGGGUCCAUCGCUCUAGAGUAUGCGAUGGGCGGAAAAGCAUCUACACAAGGAGAUGUUUGCAGCUACGGAAUCCUUCUACUGGAGAUGAUCACUGGAAAGGGGCCAACUGAUGACGUGUUUAAGGACAAUCUAAGCCUUCAUCAUUUUGCUAAGCUGGCUUUAGCUGAACGAGUAAUGGAGAUUGUUAAUCCACAACUGCUCUUAGAAGAAUCUGAAGUUAUUCAAGGCAAUGAAAAUCAAAUCAAUACAAGAAAUAGAAUGCAUGACUGCUUGAUUUCAAUGGUCAAAAUUGGUGUGUUGUGCUCUGCAGAAUCUCCAAGAAAACGAAUGCAAAUGAGAGAUGUUGUUGCUGAAAUGCACACAAUCAAGGACUUGUAUCUCGGGGUCAUGAUUCAGCGAGACAAACAAGUUAGGUCACAAAUAUUAGAUGAAGGUUUGUCUUACCUUAGGCAUUACUAAGUUAUUGUUAGCAGUUAUUUUGAGAAAGAUUUCCAAAUGAAAUGAGUUUGUUGAAUA